GACGUUGGAAAGUGUGGUUAUCAAAGGUAACGGUGAGGGUUCUAAUGAAUGAAAAGUUACGGCUUUAAUAUUGUACUCCCAUCAGACUGGUCUCCUCAAAGAUAUUCAAGCGGUAUUGUUGUAGAUCCGCAUGCGAUGCUGAAGUGAAGAAGAAAAUUAGUCUUCCAAUGCGAGUGUGACAUCUACUAAAAGUGAAGUGACAGUUUUAGUGAGCUAGACAGCGCGGAAUUUCAUCUCCACAUUUUCUAUCGUGACGUAGGUUAUGGCGUCCUACCCUGUUUCUUCGGGAGUUUAGCAUGAGACUGGACGCGCCGUCAAGUUAUCAGAGCGUGACGUGACGCUAUACUUUUUCGCAAACAGCUUUAUUUACGUUGCAAUUGACGGGAAUUAUUGAUGCUUACCCCCAGCGUUUCGAGUUGACGCACUUAUUUCAGAACAUAAAAUAACAAGUGUCUCAGAAUGGAAGCACGACAGAGAUAGUCGUAGCAGGUCUACGUAGCGUAAAAAGUCGUCAAAAGAAUCGAAACCAUGGCUUUCCCAAGAGCGUACAUACGCGUCAUACGCACUUUCCUCGCUUCUCUAUUCCUCGCCAGCCUUACCCUCUUCAUUCUUUCAGCCUACGAUUACCAGAGUUCCGAAUUCCCUCGCGCGUUCUCCUCGUAUUUCCAUAAUACGUCCGCUGAGGACACCGUGACACAACAGGCUUUCCUUACGCCAAGAACACCCGUAAGUGAUAACUUGACAGAAAAUGGACGCGUUGGCAGUGGUGUCGUUGUACAAACUCAGAAAAAGAUCCGGUCAUUUGGGAACCACUCGAAAACUAGAAAAUAUAAUUACGUCGAGUUGACUAAUGCCUAUAAUGACGCUGUUAGAACCGACGUGAAUGCAGAAAUACGAGAAGAAGUCAUCAGCGAAACGGAAGUUGUUGCACCACGGCAGGACCUGAGGUUUCCUGAUCGUGCAACCUCUGGUGCCCUGCUGGUCACACCUGCGUCGAAUAUUAGCGCGCUACAUUCGUCAAACAAUAUCCUAAAAUACAGAUAUGACGAAAUCGCCGACAAGAAAAGGAAGUCGAAGAAUCUUUGGCAGAACGACAAGGACUGCAGAGACUACAAGGUCUACUUCGCCAAAAAGGGCUCCCUCCCGGUUUGCGCCCUGGCAUCGUACCCGGGGUCGGGCAACACCUGGACCCGGAGGUUGCUGGAAUACGCGUCGGGCAUCUUCACGGGAUCGAUCUACAGCGACGCGCAACUUUUUAUGUAUGGUUAUUACGGAGAAAUGGAGAACUGGGCGCAGGGCACCACAAUAGCGCAGAAAACCCACGACUGUGGACCGAAGCACAUCGAGGCUUUCGACAGAUCGGUCAUUCUACUCUUGAGGAACCCUUACCGUGCCAUCCUCUCCUUCCACAACUUCCUCUUCGCAGGACACACUGGAUUUGCACCCAUUAUGAAUUACAGAAGGAAAGACUGGCCUCACUUCGUGCACCUGCAAACUAAAUCGUGGCUGGAACUAGCUGUCAACUGGACCACCAUGGCUCACCCGGAUAACCUUACAGUUCUGCAUUACGAAACGCUGAAGGAGGAUCCAGUCCCUAGCCUCACGCGAGCCCUCGAAACCAGGAAUCUCCUGUGGGACCCGAAAAGAAUGGAGUGUCUUCGGAAAGCACACUCCUACAGGACCUUCAAACGUAAAGAAGAAUUUAUACCCGAGGAACUGGAGAUAUUCAGUGCGAAAGACAGAGAUAAAAUUGAUCGAGCCAUUAGAUACGUGGACUACUUGCUCCAAAAGAAAGGAAAGCAGCCCCUGCCUCUACAUCUCUACGAAUUCUACAACGGAACAGAUUCUGCUCAAAUAACCAAAGUAUCCUGCGAACACCUCGAAUCGCAAGCAGAGUGUGACGACAGAGUCGACCAGCUUAACCACGCAAG